GACAAGGGAGGAGGAAAUGGGAGUUUACUGGCCACAGAAGAAACGAAAAACACGAAAUCAAGAUUUCAAAACCCUCACAUUCAAAAUCAGACCUCUCCAGGUUUUUUUUUUUUUGCUUCUGGAAACUGAAAGGCAACCAGCAGGGAUAUGUCCCCCGAGCAGCAGAGACAGCGGAGCAGCCUGCGUGUGAACAGGGUGUUCCUGAAGAGCUUCAUUGGAGUCCUGAGGCUACUGCAGAUCCUGCUCGGAGCCGUGCUCUGGGCAACCAUCGCUGCCAACAAGUAUGAGGGCUCUGUUCACUUUGUUCUCUUUGUGUCUGUCUUCUUCUGGCUCCUGACCCUGGCCCUUUACGUCCUCACCCUCCUGGAUAAGCAAGACUUGGUCCCCCUUUUGGGUGGAGACAGAUGGUUGCUAAGCAACACAGUGCAUGACCUUUUGGCCGCUGUGCUUUACUUUGCAGCCUUGGGCAUUAUGAUCUACAAGACGCGGAAGAACAGUUUCUGCAAUUUGGAGCAGUACAGACACCACUGCCUGUACAAGGCGUACCUGUCAGCCACAGUGUUCUCCGGUCUCUGUGCUGCCACCUAUCUACUCUCCGGUAUUUACUGUUCCUACAGGAAGUGCAGGGGAAAACAGACUUUGGUUGCGACUUAAAACAAUUACAGGAAGGAGGGGAGGUUUAGCAUUCCAAAGGAAACUAAUUUAGCAAAAAAGGCGCUUGUUUUCCUGUCUUUGCACUGUUGGCAUUUUUUAAAAGAAAAAACAAAUAUUUGCUGCUUUUCUUAAGGUGGAGGCUUUGUUCAAGUGCAUACAGGUUUGCUAAUUAAAAUGUCUGAAUGAUCUUUUUUUUUUUAAUAAGAAAAUAAAACAUGCUGAAUACAUUUUUGUCUGAAAAUAAUUUUAACUUUAGUUUGUAAAGUCUGUAAAGAAAAUCUGCAAAUGUCUUAAAAUUGAUAUAAAUAUUAAAAUAAUGUUUAAGUAAUAUAGUCCUGAAUAAUUAGCAGGAGAUAUUGUAAAAUUUUCUGGAAAACAAUGUGGUAAAUUCGUUAGUCAAUCAUUAGCCAAACUAAUAUUCUGUAUGUUUUAUCAGUGCAUACACAUAGUAUUAUUACCACAGAAUUUUAUUCAGUGUAUGGCAAGGAAUCUGUCAACAAAAGCCUAGCAGACACUGCUGCAAAAAAACAAUUCUUAUUUUUCUAAAAAAGAGACAUUUAAGAAUUAAAUGACAAAAAAAGGCUCAUAAAAACUACUCUUACUAGUUCAUUCCAGCACUGCAAGCCGAGGCAGUGCCCUUUGCUGUCAGUACAUGUCAAUCUGGACACACAGAAUGUGAAGGCAUGCAGCACUAGUAUGGCUGUUUUCCUAAAUUACUGAUGAGUGUGAACAUAUAAAUCACACCAUGAAGUGUCACAAGCUGUAUUUAAACUUCAGUUUCAACUAGCUGGCAGAUUUGUAUUUUGCAGUUAGUGUUUUUGUGUGAAAAAAAGAUCAUGUUGAUUGUAGACUAAAUAUGUGUGGCGAGGCUGAGGGCCUUUCUCUACAUGAAACCAUUUCAAAGAGUCCACCAUAAGAAAAGCAGUGAGUGGUCUGAGCAGCUCUGUGAUUGCUCUUUAGGGCUGGGUGGAAGAGAAUCCGACUAAUUCACCAUGCCCAUCUGCUGAUCCCAUUAAAGCUUUGUGCUUUUACAGUAAGGGGAUCCCAAGGGAGCUAUCCUGGCUAAACAUUUCACUCCUGGAAAAUGUGUUCAGUGUUACAUUAGCAAACCUGUUUUUUUUCUUGGACUUUGAGCUUAUCAUGUCCACACAAACGUAAAGGGCAGAAAGACAAAUGGACAGGACUCUCAGCCACAUUCCUGCAUUGGAUCCAUGCAAAACAACCUUGCAAACCUUUCACAAAACCAGACUACUACUUCUGACUGAAGACCAAUACAAGCCAGCGAUCAGUUUGCCAUUGGAAUUAAAGUAUGCUGAUUCUAUGAAGGAAGGAUAUUCUCCUCUGACAGCAUGCUUAUUGUAUUUAUUCCAGCUACACACCAAGAGGUUCCAGAUAAAUCAAAAGCUCUCUCUCUCCUUCUCUCUCACUUUAUAAAUGGCUCACAAUUAUAAAUGUAGCUGACGCUGAGGCUUUUAAUGUGACGAAACUGACGAUUCAGCAGAGAAAUUACCCCUCUGGAUACAGCUGCUUAAACUCCUGCCCUGCAGCUUCAAUAACUUGCCUCCCACCAUAGACCCGAUUAUUGUUAAUUAGGUGUUGCCACUAAGGAUCUCAGUUUUGUGCAAAGCUGAUAUCACUGUGUGCCAGCAGAGUUAUAUUAGUAAAACUAGCACCAACCUUUCCCAAUGUAAAUCUGUAUUUCUCCAGACUGUAGUAACCUAAUCCCAGAAGAAUAUCUCUCUAGGUUCAGCGCACCAACACACCUGCCCAGCUAGUCAUGGAAGAUUAUGACACCACACAAGAUGUCUGCAGACCCACCAAUGAGUUUGCUUUUAUUAUUCAUUUAGCUCUACGUGAAUCACUACAUGUGCGUCAAGAUAUGACCCAGGAUUUGAAAUGGGAAGAUUAUCUAAUUAUGAAACUGCUAGCCUGUGGUGUCUUACCAAGCAUUCUAUGAGUAUAACUUAAAGAGCAGCUUCAUUAGUCUAGGAAGUACAGUAAUCUGACUGUCACAGCUCUGCCAUACAUUUAGCUAAACACUGACAAUAUGAGCUGACCUGGAGAUUGGUGAUAGAGUGGCUUUGCAUCUUUUUGUCACUGUCUUUGACUACAUUAUUGUGUGUGUAUUUAUAUUUUGGUCUACCAAAAAAAUGACAACCUGUGCUGGUUUAUGGUUAUGGGGCAUUAAUGGCCAAUUACGUUACCUUACUCAGAAUACUUUCUUACUAAUUAUCUAAAACAGCACAGGUUUUGUUUUGUAUUUUUAGAGCUCAGAAAUUCCAAUCUUUGAAUUGAAUUGAUAUAAUAGAAUGGUAUACUUGUGUGCUGGAGUUCUUGAUAAAGCUUACUCUUUGUUUGAAUCAGUCUCAGUGAGAAAAUAACAUGCAUACUCAGUCGUUGGUUGUUAAGGAAAAUGUUCAGCUCAGUGAAAGGCUCAUUGUAAGAACUAUGAAAGAAUCAACCCGUUUGAUAUUCCCAUAUAAAUAUUCCCAUUCUAUUGUCCUAGUAAACACUUUGAAUAAUUAAUUGACUGAUUCCUUUUAAUAGAGCUUUAAUGACAUUGACACAACUACAAUGCAACUCACCUGUUUUCAAACCUCUUUUGUAUUGAUGUUGAGCUGUUGUCAUAUUGAAUCCAAGACUGUUUUCUGUGUUACCUUAAGUAGAAUUCUAAUAAUUAAAAAAAUCACAAUUAAAUCAAGAUCUCCUGUGCUUCAUUUAGUGGAAUCUGGGGAUGCAUGGAGACAUCCAUUGGUCUAUACAUAUGUUUUACUUAUAUUUUUAUAUACAUAUGUAUAUCUAGAGCAGCUUAUUGUGAUGAAACUUGGUAAGGACAUUCUUUUGUUACUGGAGCUAUUCGAUUGUGGUGGCCUAUUUUUACACGACUGGUUUGGAUAACAACUUAAGAAGCACUCUCCUGAAAUUGAUGUACUGUGCAUAUGUCCUUAUAACAGAUUACCACAGUAAUUUAGCAGUUUUCCUAUGCUUUUCCCAUAGUUUGCCAUGUUUUUUAUUUGCCAUACCUCUCUGGGCUUUACAAUGCCUAUCUAUGCCUACUGUGCUUUAUUACACUUUGCCAUACUUCUACUGUUGGAAAACUUUAAUAAUGGCUGUGGUUAUUCUGCCAGCUUUAAUUUGUAUUUACAGCUGACUGGAAUACUGUAUGUAUGCUUUUGUCAUGCUUGUUGAAUCUGUUUUUCAUCAGUAAUCGGUCGUAAAUUAUUAAAAAGGAAAGGCAGUGAGAAUAUACUUCAGGUAAAAAACAGAAACACUUCCAGAUCAAUAUUUACAUUCACAGCUUGUAACAAAUAUGCUUGCAAAGUUUGAUAAAAUUGUGCUCAUAAUAAUUGUGUUAAUACAAUGCAGAAUUACAUUACAAAUACUGAUAUACUAAAAGUGAAUACAAGAAUCAAAAGAAAAGGUGUGCAGAAAAUUAUAAUGUUAAUAUCUGUCCUGCAAUUUGUACAUUUAGCCAAGUGGGGGAACUGUUUGCUAUGCCAAAAUCCCAUGUUGAUUGAAUGUAAAUAACCGUAAUAUUAAUGCAUGAAAUAUUUUUAAAAAUAGCUGAAAAAAGUAGUUUUGGAC